AUGAGGAGCAGUCCGGGAUGGCACGCUGACGUGGACUCGCGAGAUCCAGGAGGUUAUCAGCUCUGCGCUCUCCAUCCCAGAGCCCGAGCGCGCCGCGCCCACCGGAGAUCUUUUCGUCCCACUCUGUGUAUCUUUCAAAUCCCUCCGGUCUGUUCGAUUUGAAGCAUUUCCAUCGGCAACCCGGUGGUUGCUGUUCAUAUCGCCGCGGUUCCCUCGCGGUGGAGCUACACGGCAUGUUCUCUGUGGACUCUGGCUUGCCCAGGUACUGCAUUUCCGUCUUCAGAUGGCAGGGCUGCGGUCGUGUGCGCACGUACCUCCGCUUCAGGCGGGGAGGCCUGGGAGUCCCCAAUGGAAUCUCUUCCUCCAUUGGGGAGCGUUCGCCUCCGGUACGGGGACAUGCUGCUUCUCGAUUAGGCACUGAUGUUCGGUGUUUUGGUCUCCCGCGCAGUUUAUCUUUUCCAAUUUUGACAUUGAUUUUCUCAUCUUUCGUUUGAAAGCUCGAUUACGACCCCUCUAAAGAUCUUCUGGGAUUGGAAGUGGAUCUGCAACCGAGGUAUGUUGCUCUCUCGUUUCUUUCUGGUUAGAGAAACACCUUAAAAUGUUUCUAUCUCUUGAAUUCGAUAUAUGUGCAUAUUAUUCACGACGAACGCUACAUUUGGAAAUUGGCUUCACAUACACAAACAGAUCCAUUAAAAAUGACUCGAUAAGAGCUUCUCGUAUGAAAAUUUGCUACAAAUGAGAAGACCUUCUUGAAAAAUUGCUCAAAAAGAGGAAAUGGGUAAAUAUCCACUAUUUUUCAUUCAAUGUUCAACCUUUGGGAAAAUAAUUCAAUUUGGUAUAUGCUCUCAUCAGCAAACCUAGAGGCUUAGGAUGAAAUUGCUCACAGGCAUUUGCUUCUAAACCUGGGUUGCAUGCUGACCUGUGAUGAGGGUCUCAUUGCACUUCAUUCCCCUGUUGACUUGCAUGAAAUACUUUACAGAGAAGUGAUGUGUAAUAUUUACUUGUUUUGAGCUUUUUGAUUUCAUUCAACGUCUUUGAAGUAUGUUUUCCAUGUGACAAUGAACAUUGAGCAUGCAGAAGGUAGAUACUCGAUAAUUGGCCGUCGUAUCUCAUUCUCAUUUGUAUGUACUCGUAUGAAACAUGCCAAUGCAGGAAAGUCAUCUCUGGUCCACCAAAACUAAGAUCCUGGUUUGGGCCGAAUGGUCAAUACAUCAGAGAGUUGCCUUGCCCUACUUGCAGAGGCAGGGGCUAUACACCUUGUACAGAGUGUGGAAUCGAAAGAUCAAGAGUGGACUGUUCAGAAUGUGACGGGAAGGUAAUUUUUUUAUUACUUUCCUCUCCUGUCGAAUUCAGAUGACCUUUGUGUCUCAUUAUAUUUUGUUUGCAAGUUCUUGAUUCUUGUCUGAAUUUGGUACCUAUGGUUCCUUGGCAUUAUCAUUCUUUAGAUUUCGAUAACAUUAUAAGUUCUGAUAAAGGAAUAUUGCACUUUUGUUGAGAACUUCCUACCUUUCAACAAACGUAUUAAAAAUUUAGGAAAGCUUUCCAGAGCAUGGAAAAUAAAUCUAUGAAACCGAAGAUAGAUUGAAGUGAUCAUCAGUUCUAUCUCUUGUAUUGUCACUCAUAUUUGUCUAUUCUGUCCACCACAUCUCAGGGUCUUAAAACUUGCCAGAAGUGUUUAGGAGAUUGUGUAAUAUGGGAAGAGUCAAUUGACGAGAGACCAUGGGAAAAAGCUCGAUCUAGGUAUAUCUUGCAUUGAUUUUUUACUACUUUCUCUCUGCUAAUUUGCAAUAUCCCUGACCUGUUUCUUUUAGUUUUGGGGUUUCUGCUAUCUAUCUAUUACCAAUGGCGCCUUCUAGAAUUUCAAAAUUUUCAUGUAGAUUUCUUUCAGGACCAGAUAUUUAUCGAUUAUCUAUUAUUAUUCGUAUCCAUUCCGUCUGACAUUAGGUCUUUUAGCGGGGGAAGAAAUCGAUAAUGGUCUCCUCUUCAUUCAUAGGCUACUAUAUAUCAUUAGGAUGAGAAUAUUCUUAGGUACGAAAAUCUGAAAAAUACUUGGAAAAUAUCAUACGAAAUCGUCUACAAAUAGAGAAUUAAAUGUAGGGCAUACUUGCCAAUGCAGCCAUACGUAGCUAGCUGUUGGCCCAUUGCCAGUGAAUGAUCAGGUGGGAAACUGCCACUGUUUUUUUUAUAUUUCAACGCUCAAAUCUAUCGUCCUAUUAGAAUCAUAAAUUGGCAAUCUCCAGGGUACAGGUUAUUCAUAUUAUAAUUACUUGAGUUACCAUUAUAAAUCGAAAUAAAUAAAAAUAGUACAUACAUAUGUUAAUGAGUAACCAGUUUUCUGGCGUGGUGUUGACUCAGAGACUAAGAAAAUGGUUAGUUGUAUCUCCUUUCCGCGGCUUGAAUAUUUUUGAGGCCAUUUUUUUCAAUCAACUUGUUUGACCUGAUUACCUCCAAACGACCCAUGUGGUAUCUACAGCAAACCAUGGUUAUGGGCAUGUAUUGUCAUUUGUCUUCUGAAAAAAAGGGCAUCUUGUUCCCUGAUCGGUAUCCUUCCAUUCCUCAGAUGCAGAAAUAUACGGGGAUCUGUUAGGUCCCUGGUUCAAAUGACAGACUAGGUGAUUCAUUUACUCUGUGUUUCGAGCCCAGAUCAUCAGUGAGCAUAACCAGGACUGGAGUGCGUUGCUGCCUGUCCUUGACAUCUUUUAAGAGGCCAACCAUUCAUGGUCUGGUGCAGGUCCGACACCACAAUGAAGCUGGAACCAAUAGAAAGCACUGACAUUCUUCAUUUCCGAAUGAACCAACCUGUUCAAAUUGGUUUUCAGUUCAAUUUUGAUUAUUCAAGCAUUUUCUGGAGAAUUCUGAUUAGAAUAAUGGGAAACUGGAUCUCACUGUUCAUGUUGGUUUCCCCGGUUCUGUAUCAUAGUGGUGUGUUAUCUGAACCUUGCCUUUUAAUUAUGUGAACAAUUUUCGGACCAUUGGUUAUGCUUAACAUGUUUUUUGAUGAUCAUAUAAGUGACAUUUCGUCUGCUACCUAAUCCUGAGUUGAGCUUUGAUUUUAUCAGCUUAUUUUCUUUAACUAACAGAGCGAACCUUGACCAAUCUAAAAUAUGGGACAUUUUUUUUUGGUCUUCUAGCCUGUUUCAAUUCCUGGGUUCAUACAAUAACAGUUACAUAUAUAAACAAAUAGCAUGGAGGGUGAUAUUUGAUGCAGUUAGGAAGAAAAUAAUGGAUAAGUUCCCAUUUCAUUUGCGAUCUCACUUGUUGGAAUCCAUAAUUUGAUCUGUAUCAUAUGACGCUCAUUUUUGCAGCUCUCCACUAAAAGUUAAGGAGGAUGAUGACGUUGACAAUCUUGAGAUAGAAGUCAAUGUCGCUAGAAAAUCAAAGCGUGUGUAUCAAUCACCGUCUCCUGAAGUUGGUUUAAAGAUCAGCCGAUCAUUGAAGGCAAUCUUUCUUUAUCUCCUAGAAAACAAUCGGGCUAUUAUACAUCACGACGUCUCUCUUUUUUUUUUCGUCUAAUUCAAAUAUGCUCUCAAACUUUAUUUAUCUUCGUGGUGUAAUAAUCUAUGCUUUGAAUCACAAAAGACUAUGAUUUCUUGCUUUCUCUUUUUUUCCUCACUAGAGCAGCGGAUUUAUCAAACUUAUUCUGCAUUUUUCGUAAUGCUCACAUUUGUUACUAAAUUCAUAAUAACAGUGAUUAACAGAUUGCUGGGUGAAGUUUAAAUCUAAUGCUUUGAGUGGUUGAGUGUCUGCAGAGUCUGAACGCGAAAACAGGUCUGUUUAGCAAAAGAAUGAGGAUCAUACAUCGCAACCCUACGCUACAUGCGCAGAGAGUGGCAGCAAUUAAGGUUUGAAACUAUAAAGCGUAAAAAUUUGAUGAUCAGCAUCCUCUUGGGUCGAUUUUCAGAUGAUCAACUUUGUAUGAAAUUCUGGAAAUAAUCUAAAGUUGCCCAUUGAUCGAUAUCUGUGCUUGUCUUCAUGUCCAGAAAACAAAAGGGACUCCAGAAGCGAGGAAGCAGGCCUCUGAGGCUAUGAAAGCCUAUUUCCGUAACCCAGAGAAUCGCCAAAAGAGGAGCAUGUCUAUGAAAGGCAUGCACUCAUCAGCUCAGUCAUCACCUUCUAAGUCAGAUUAUUCUUAAUUAUUUGAAAAAGGGUUAUCUUUCUGAGCAUAAAUAUUAUCCAUUUUUGAAUUGCACAUAAUCCUGUUAUAAUCCUAUGUUUUCUCCUUGAUUUUAGGUGUAAAAUAUUUCUGCAGUCACUGCGGGGAAGAAGGCCAUAGGAGGCACUACUGCCCGUCUCUAGAUGAUGGCUCAGGAAAGAGGCAGUUCAAGUGCCGGAUAUGUGGGGAAAGAGGGCACAACAGGCGGACCUGUAGGAGGAAUGUGUCUAGUGAUGGAUCGAGUCUGAAGACUGAGAGUAGUGAACACAGGUGUAGUGUCUGCGGCCAAGUGGGUCAUAACCGGAGGACAUGCUUGUCAGCGCAGUCAACUCCCAGUAAGGUUACUCUCAACUUGAUUUCUGAUAAUAUGAGAACUUAUUCCUGUAGAAUGUGCCUUAGAAAAGGGCACAAUAGUAGAACAUGCCUCCACAAAUCAGAGCCUAAUUCAGGCUAA